CGUUCAGUGGAGCCGUCUCUCUCUCUCGCUCUGCCUGCCACACUCACAGCAUACCGACGAACCGGCUUCUCCGCUUGCCUUCUGUGAGGCUGGCACUGGUGGCACAGCUUGAUCAUUUCAAGUUGCUCUCCUACCGUUGCUCGCUUCUCUCGGUUGUUUACUCUUAUAGACUCUUGUUGUUGUGUGGUGUGGUGUAGUGUGUUGGACGUUAGACUACAGACAUCCAUCUCAACUCAUUUGCGGGAACAGCAGGAUUGUGGAGGCUGCCUUUGGAAUUAUUCAAGCGUGUUGUCGAUAUUCGGUGUUCCAUUUGCAGACUGAGCCCACGAGCUGAGAGGCUUUCAUCGCCACUUUCAGAACCUUUUUUUUGCUCUUUGGGAACAUCUUAUAUGCCUGUAGAAAGUGGCCGACUCAUGAUCUGAGAGAAACAAAAUCCAAGUUUUCACUCUCUCAGUUUGUGGAAACAUAUUUCUGUGCUCUGGAAACCUUGAGACAAUCACGUCGUGGGCUUCUCUGUUUGAAUGGAUGUAUGGUGAACCACCGACUGGAGACCGUUACUUUUGUAGGCUAUGUGAAGGGUUAUUUCUAGGAGCGACACCAGUGCGUCUUUUCAGCAUUUUCUCUUGAAAAUUACACAAGAGAAAGACGCGCACUCCGUGGAUGUUGGAAAUAACUUCGACCAGUUUGCUGAUUAUACAUUCAACUUUGCAGAUGAGUGGCAUUGAUCUUCACAGUACACGCUCUCCGUGGACCUAUGCGUGAGGCUAUCGCCUUUUAUUUUGAUCAAGUCUCCGAACAACGACAUUUGAAUUGAAUUGGCACUCGACUUGCCACAGAUUUGCCAACUCCUGGUAACCUAGUUCAGGCAGCCAAGACCGUCCAGGGAACGCGUAGCACAGACACACGACUGGAAUCAGAGCGAUCGCACAGACAGGCACCGCUCAGGUGGACUUGAUCGGAGCAACAUGUAUCCUGCGUGCCGGGCACAGGCUGCGUUCUACGCCGGGCUUCUGGGGGCAAUGAUGGGCUACUCGACCAGAAUGAAGUGGCGACCCACUUGGAUAUUACUGCUGCUGCUGUCCAUUCACUACGCUACGGCUCAAGAUGACGUGCCUCCCUACUUCAAGACAGAGCCGGUGCGUAGUCAGCUGCAUCUGGAGAGGAACAGGCUGGUCCUGACCUGCAUGGCAGAGGGCAGCUGGCCAUUGGAGUUCAAAUGGAUUCACAACACCACAGAGAUCACACGCUUCUCACUGGAGUACAGGUACCUGAUCCCAUCUCUGGAUCGUUCUCAUGCCGGGUUCUACCGCUGCAUCGUACGGAACCGAGUGGGAGCUCUACUGCAGAGGAGGACAGAGGUCCAAGUUGCAUUCAUGGGCAGUUUCGAGGAGGGUGAGCGUUCCCAGGCGGUGUCUCAGGGCGAGGGGGCCGUGAUCCCAGCUCCGCACAUCCGGAGCUUUCCACAGCCACAGGUCACCUGGUUCAGAGACGGACGCAAGAUCCCACCCAGCAGCCGCAUUGCCAUUACGCUGGACAACACGCUGGUCAUCUUGUCCACUGUGGCCCCUGAUGCUGGACGCUACUACGCGCAGGCCGUAAACGACAAGAACGGAGAGAACAAGACAAGCCAGCCUGUUAUACUCACUGUGGAGAAUGUAGGGGGUCCAGCAGACCCCAUCGCCCCCACCAUUGUGAUUCCACCGCGGAACACCAGCGUCAUCUCCGGAACCUCUGAGGUCACCAUGGAGUGUGUGGCCAAUGCCAGACCUCUGAUCAAGUUGGGCAUCAGCUGGCGUAAGGACGGAGUGCUGGUCAAGAAUGGCCUGAGUGACUUCAACCGGCGGCUUACCAUCCUGUCCCCCCUGGUCAGCGACAGCGGCCUGUACGAGUGUGAGGCUGUACUGCGGAGUAGCAGUGUACCCUCUGUUAGCGCUGGAGCCUAUCUGCAUGUACUGGAGCCUCCUCAGUUUGUGAAGGAGCCAGAGAAGCACAUCACUGCAGAGAUGGAGAAGGUUGUAGACAUCCCCUGCCAAGCACGAGGUGUCCCCGCUCCAGAGAUAGCGUGGUACAAGGAUGCGGUGCCCAUCGGCCCGGUGAAGUACCCGCGCUACCGGGUGCUGGCCGGGGGAAGCCUGCAGGUCAACGGCCUCCUGCCUGAUGACACCGGCAUGUUCCAAUGCUUCGCCCGCAACUCGGCCGGGGAGGUGCAGACCAACACCUACCUAGCUGUCACCAGCAUUGCCCCCAACAUCACGGCCGGUCCGUCUGACAGUACGGUGAUUGACGGCAUGUCCGUCAUUCUGCACUGCGAGACCUCGGGAGCACCACGGCCCGCCAUCACCUGGCAGAAAGGUGAGCGAGUGCUGGCGUCCGGCUCCGUGCAGCUUCCUCGUUUCACCCUGAUGGAGUCCGGCAGCCUGCUCAUAAGCCCCGCCCACAUCUCGGAUGCCGGCACCUACACCUGCAUGGCCAGCAACUCACGAGGCAUCGACGAGGCAUCAGCUGAUCUCAUCGUAUGGGCCCGUACCCGCAUCACCCAUCCCCCUCAGAACCAGAGUGUCAUCAAGGGCACCAAGGCUGUCAUGACCUGUGGAGUCACACACGACACCAGCGUCACCGUCAAGUUUGUGUGGGAGAAGGACGGCUUGGUCCUCAUUCCCCAGUCCAUCCCUCGCAUGCGGCUGGAUGCUGACGGCACUCUGCACAUCUCCCAGACCUGGUCAGGUGACAUCGGCACCUACAGCUGUGUAGUCACAUCAGUCGGGGGCAACGACUCACAAAGCGCACACCUGAGAGUCAGGCAGCUGCCCCAUGCCCCAGACAACCUGUCUGCAGUGCUGAGUACGGCAGAGAAGCGAGCCAUCAACCUGACCUGGGCCAAGCCCUUCGACGGCAACAGCCCCCUCUUACGAUACACCCUGGAGGUGUCUGAGAACAAUGCCCCGUGGACUAUCCUGUUGGCCACCAUAGAGCCGGAGUCUACAGGCGUGACGGUCAGCGGUCUCAUCCCCGCUCGCUCAUACCAGUUCAGACUCUGUGCAGUCAACGACGUGGGCAAGGGACAGUUCAGCAAGGAAACGGACCGAGUGUCUCUGCCAGAGGAGCCCCCCAGUGCCCCUCCCCAGAACGUCAUUGCUAGCGGCCGCACCAACCAGUCCAUCAUGAUCCAAUGGCAGCCCCCUCCAGAGAGCCACCAGAACGGCAUCCUGCGAGGAUACAGCGUCCGCUACCGUUUGACAGGCAUGCCGGUGGACAUCCAGUACAAGAACAUCAGCAACCCUGACGUGACCAACCUGCUGCUGGAGGAUCUGAUCAUCUGGACCAACUACGAGAUCGAGGUGGCGGCCUACAACAGGGCUGGCCUGGGGGUGUACAGCCACAAGGUUACGGAGUGGACACUGCAGGGAGUUCCCACCAUCGCUCCUGUUGAUGUGAAGGUGGAGGCUGUAAACUCGACCACCAUCCGCUUCACCUGGACCGCCCCCAACCCCCAGUUCAUCAACGGCAUCAACCAGGGAUACAAGCUGUUGGCAUGGGAACCGGGUCGCGAGGAUGAGGUGACCAUGGUGACGGUGCGUCCCAACUUCCAGGACAGCGUUCACGUGGGCUUUGUGACGGGCCUGAAGAAGUUCACGGGCUACAGGACCUCAGCACUGUGCUUCACCACGCCCGGAGACGGACCCCGCAGCCCAGCCAGGGCCGUCAGGACACACGAGGACACUCCCGGCGCGGUGGGCCACCUGAGCUUCACUGAGAUCCUGGACACCUCCCUGAAAGUCAGCUGGAGAGAACCUCACGAGAAGAACGGAAUCCUCACCGGUUACCGUAUCUCGUGGGAGGAGUUCAACCGCACCAACACGCGCGUGACCCACUACCUGCCCAACGUGACCUUGGAGUACCGGGUCACCGGCCUCACCGCCCUCACCACCUACACCAUAGAGGUCGCCGGCAUGACCUCCAGAGGUCAAGGUCAACUCUCCUCCUCCACCAUCUCCUCUGGAGUGCCUCCUGAGCUGCCUGGACCUCCUACCAACCUGGCGAUCUCCAACAUUGGUCCGCGCUCUGUCACUCUCCAGUUCAAACCUGGAUACGACGGCAAGACAUCUAUCUCAAGAUGGCAAGUGGAGGCACAGAUCGGUGUGGUGGGUGAGAAUGAAGACUGGGUGAUGGUACAUCAGCUGGCCAAUGAACCUGAUGCCAGAUCAAUGGAGGUCCCUGCACUCAACCCCUACACCUAUUACAGGUUCCGUAUGCGUCAGGUGAACAUAGUGGGCACCAGUCCCCCCAGUCAGCCUUCUAGAAAGAUCCAGACUCUUCAGGCUCCCCCUGACAUGUCACCCGCAAAUGUCACUCUACGCACGGCCAGCGAGACCAGCCUAUGGCUACGAUGGGUGCCCCUACCAGAGUGGGAGUACAAUGGCAACCCGGAGCUGGUGGGCUACCGCGUGCAGUACUCGCGUACGGGCUCGGUGGGCAAACCCCUCAGCCACGUCAUCAGCGACCGGCUGGAGCGAGAGUUCACCAUCGAGGACCUGGAGGAGUGGACCGAGUACGAGGUGCGGGUCCAGGCCGUCAACGGCAUCGGGUCCGGGCCUUGGAGCCAGCCUGUCCGUGGCAGAACCAGAGAGUCAGAACCUUUCAUAGAAGUUCCAGCCGCUUCACAACCACUCAAAGAGAUUGCCUCAGAUAAGAGCCUUGGGGCUAUCGCACCACUUCAAUUCAUUCACUACUUCAGAACCACUAUAGUGCCCUACAAAGGCAACGUGCAGCUGAAGCCCUUCACCUCCUACCAGUUCCGUGUGAAGGCCACUAAUGACAUCGGGGACAGUGAGUACAGCCAGGAGAGUGAGGCCAUCACCACCCUACAGGACGCUCCCGACGAGGCUCCAGUCAUCCUGUCUUUGACUCCCCACACCACCACAUCAGUACUGGUGCGAUGGCAGUCUCCAGCGGAGGAGAAUAUCAAUGGCAUCCUCCUGGGUUAUCGUAUCCGCUAUCGAGAGCUGAUGUACGACCGCCUCCGAAGCAUCGCCCUCAGCAACCCCAACAGUCUCUCCCCCACCUGGGCAGACCUCACCUCUCCAUACAGCAUCCGUAACCUGAGUGUGCACACAGUGAACACACCCUACGAAUUGGACAACCUGAGCAAGCACAAGCGCUAUGAGAUCCGUAUGAGUGUGUUCAAUGCUGUGGGAGAGGGACCCACCAGCUCCCCUCAGGAGGUCUUCGUGGGAGAAGCAGUUCCGACAGCUCCGCCCCAGAAUGUUGCCAUCCAAUCAGCAACGGCGACUCAGCUGGAUGUGACAUGGGACCCUCCCCCUCUGGAGAAUCAGAACGGAGACAUCCAAGGCUACAAGAUCUACUUCUGGGAGUACAAGCGUCAGAACGAGACGGAGAAGCUCCGAACCCUCUUCCUGCCGGAGGGAGGAGUGAAGCUGAAGAACCUGACUGGCUACACCACCUACAUGAUCAGCACGGCAGCCUUCAACGCAGCAGGAGACGGACCUCGCAGUGCACCCACUAGGGGCCGAACUCAACAGGCUGCUCCCAGUGCUCCCAGCUUCAUCCACUUCAGUGAGCUGACCACCACCUCAGUGAACGUGUCCUGGGGGGAGCCAGUGUUCCCCAAUGGCAUCCUGGAGGGAUACAAGCUCAUCUACGAACCCUGCACACCUGUGGAUGUGGCCUGUGCCGACUGUCUUCACUCCCCCUCCUCCUCUUCAGGCGUCAGUAAGACGGUCACGGUGGACGUCAAGGUUGGCGCCCCCUACUGGCUGAAGAUCAAAGACCUGGCCGAAGGAGUCACCUACAACUUCCGCAUCCGAGCCAGGACCUACAUGUACGGGCCCGAGGUGGAGGCUAACAUUACAACGGGACCUGGGGAGGGUGCCCCUGGUCCACCCGGAGAGCCCUUCAUCUCCCGCUAUGGCUCAGGUCUCACCAUCCACUGGUCCAAUGGAGAUCCCGGACGAGCCCCCAUAACACGAUAUGUCAUCGAGGCCAGACCCUCAGAUGAGGGCUUGUGGGACAUCCUGAUCAAGGACAUUCCAAAGGAAGUGACAUCAUACACCUUCAACAUGGACCUCCUGAAGCAGGGGGUCAGCUACGACUUCCGGGUCAUAGGGGUCAACGACUAUGGCUACGGAACCCCCAGCGCACCCUCGCAGUCCAUAUCAGCCCAGAAGGUGGCGCCGUUCUAUGAGGAGUGGUGGUUCCUGGUGGUGGUGGCUCUGGUGGGCCUGAUCUUCAUCCUGCUCCUGGUAUUCAUCCUCAUCAUCAGGGGGCAGAGCAAGAAGUACGCCAAGAAGGCAGACUCAGGCAACAACUGUAACGCCCUGACACACGGCGAGAUGGUGCGAUUGGAUGACAGCAGAUUCCCCGCCCUGGAGCUCAACAACCGACGCCUGUCCGUCAAAAACUCCUUCUGCCGCAAGAAUGGCGUCUACACAAGGUCUCCGCCGCGACCCAGUCCUGGUAGUCUGCACUACUCAGACGAGGACGUGAGCACCACCAAGUAUAACGACCUCGUACCAGCCGAGAGCAGCAGCCUCACAGAGAAGCCCUCAGAGAUAUCAGACUCACAGGAGGCGCUUGUGUUCCCGUGUAAGACGGGGGGCCUCCGCGUCCUGCCGCUAACCCUGGGCAGCGAAAGUGAGUACGAGGUGGACCCGGGCCGCCAGAAGACCCACUCCUUCGUCAACCACUACAUCAGCGACCCGACCUACUACAACUCCUGGCGCCGCCAGCAGAAGGGCAUCUCCCGCGCCCCGGCCUACAACUACUCCACCACCCCCAGAGCCGGCAGCGACCUCGACGCGAGCUCCAACGCCGGCGACCUCGAGUCCGAGCCCUGCGGCGUUCAGGCCCAGCCUCCGCCCUUGCCACCCCUGCCUCCCAUGCCCCCUCAAAUCAAGUCCCCCCAGGGUCAGGCCCAGUCGCCCAGCCAGCACCAACAACAAGGGCAGGGGCAAGUGAUGGGCUCCAUGGGCUCCAUGAUGGGCUCCAUGGGGUCCAUGGGACAAGGUCUGGAUCAGGUGCAGGGUCAAGGUAGCCUAUUCAGGCCCAAGGGUAGCCGGACUCCCACCCCUUGCCAACAGAGCUCCAACCCCCCCAGUCAGCACGGUACCCUGUAUCGGCCCCCCAGUAGUUUGGGCCCUGGGUCUCGGGCCCCUAUCGCUGGGUUCUCCUCCUUCGUCUGAACCUCCACCAUGGGUUUUUUUUGUUGCUUUUUUUCCUUCCUUUGUAAUCACCUUUAUGGCCAAAUGGACUAUUGGUCAUGGCAUAAAUAGAACAACAACAACAGCAACAGAAAUGAUAUGGAGUAGCAUGGGACAGAACUACUAUGAGACAAUCGACAAGUUUCUGGAAAAUAAAAUAGAUUUAUAACCUUGAGAGCUCUCACCACUCUGAGAGCCAGUCUGUCUCGGAUAGACACCCUCUGCCCCAAGCACACACACGCACACACAUGCACGCUUGCAAGCACACACACACGCACGCACACGCAGACACACACACAGACAAACACCCA